UUCUUUGUUGUACGCUGCUGUUAAUCAAACAGUCUAACGCACGGCAAGGACGCGUGACGUAAAUAGCUUUGCUUGUGGAUAUAACAUGGACAUGAACCAUCUCAGAAAAUGGACGUGACUUUUUGACCGAUGCAAAAAAUGGACGUGGCUAUUUAGUUCCUAAGCCGGCCGAAAAUGGACGUGCGUCACUAGCGUACGGCCUAGAGAAAGUGUCGUACGGAAAACGGCAGCGUGGCCUCUCUCAGGUUUCUUUCUGGAAAUAUCAAGACUUGAAAUUGCACAUAUUUUUCGAGGUGUUCGAAGCAUCAUGAAUCCUAGUUGUAUGGGACCCAUGAAAGUUAAAAUGAUCAAGGCCAAGAAUGAGUUGAAAAUAUUCGAUUCAACAGAAAAGCAUUGGUUUUGUGGUGGUGACCGGAGUGUAGCAAUGGCAGCGCAGUUGCUGCAACAGGGCAAGGUGAUUGCAGUUCCCACAGAUACGAUAUAUGGCCUAGCUGGCUUAGCCUCGGAUACGCACGCUGUUCAACGACUGUACGAGAUCAAGCGGCGCGACGAGAACAAACCGCUGGCGAUCUGUCUAAGCAACGUUACGGACAUAGGCGAUUGGGCCAUAUUAGACGGUGUGCCAUCUCGUUUGUUGGAGUCCCUUCUGCCGGGACCAUACACGAUAUGUCUGCGGCGCCAAAGUGCAUUGAAUCCAGCCUUAAAUCCGGGUCUCGAGAGCGUGGGCAUUCGCGUGCCAAACAACAAAUUCAUACGUAGCGUCGCGAAGUUGGUCGGCCCGCUUGCACUUACUAGCGCUAACAUUAGCAGCGAACUGAGCAGUCUGCACCCGGAGGAGUUUCAGGCACUCUGGCCUGAGCUUGAUGGCAUCUUCCAUAGUUCAUCGAAGACACGGAAAGAGAGCGACGAACGCCGCCGAAUCGGUUCCACCGUCGUGGAUUUAUCGCAACCCGGCUAUUAUAAAGUUGUACGCUAUGGUAUUGCUGCAAAUUUCAUCGUCGGCCAUAUGAACAAGCAUGGAUUGAAGAUCAUGGACGAGUGAGUGCAAUCUUGUUAAUUUCUUAAAAUUAAACGCAAAAUUUCCCAACAAUUGACAUUUCUGCAUACUAUCGACUGUAUCUGUUUAAUUCAAAUAUAAAAAAUCGUGCUCUAUACAAUUUUAAAACUAUAUAAAAGGUAUCUGCUUGUUAUCACGUAUGUUAUAUGACUAGGUUAGAUCGAAAGAGUUAUGACUUGUUGGAAAAAUUGCGCUAGUUAAGAAGUUAAUAUCUACAAUGUAAAUAUUUCUGUAACAUGACGCAAAUCCAAAGAUAAUAUUCCAACUUUUUUUAAAAGUUUUAACUAAUAGGAUUAAUAAUAAACCGACGAAAACGUUAUUUGUUGUAUUGUAAAAUAAUAUUGUAAAAAGAUCCAAUUUAAAAAUUUUGAUAUUGGGUUUUUUUAUUGAGAGAGGCGUUUUUGAAAUUGUUAUUGUAAUUUGUCGUUUGUCGAAAAUAAAUAACGUUCCUUUAUUAAUUCUUUUUCUUUUAUAACUUUGUCGCAAUGUCUCAGAAAUCGUAUGGAUCCAUUCCGACGUGUACAUCUUACAUAACUAGAAAAGUAAGUCGUGGCAGCUUUUAAAAUCUCGGUUUAUUGCAAUUCAUUCAGUCUAAUAACAUUUUGUACCUCGCAUAGUCAGUAAAAACAAUGGUUUAAGUUUUUAAUUUAAUAAUAAUUAUUUCUUAUACUUUUAAGCAGCCAGUAAAAUUUAUUAUUUAUAAGUUCAAGUUGUGUUAUUCCUCUGUAUUCAACUGCGACGACCAGAAGUUGUAAAAACGUUGUAAAAUGAGGAUGUUUAAAAGCAAAUAAAGGCUUAUACAAGA